ACCGGAGUCGACACUCUGUACGCGCAAUGCAGAGCACAUGUGCUGUCAAAUGAAUGGCAUUAAUAUAACAAAUAUAGUGUUGGCCGGCAAUCGGCACGAAUACAUUCAGCGGCGGUACGCAAGCGAUGCCAAAGUGCAGGGAAUGGUAAUCGGCAUCGAUUUGGGAACCACUAACUCAUGUGUGGCCGUAAUG